AAUCUUUUGGACGGGGGAAGCCCGUGCAAACAAAAAGAGCGCUGUUCGAUGGAUGAAAUAGUUACAGAAAUUAUGUAGCUGAUAUCCUACACAGAAAGUGAGACUGAAUAACAUGCACAUGCUGAUUACUGGAGGGGAGGCUGAAGGACAUCCUGUUUUGAUUUAGCAGUGUUAUUACUCUUUGGGGUGAAAUGAAGAAUUUGAUUCUGUUUUGGAAAUACUCAGAUUUCUAAUGCAACUGAACUUCAGUAGCGGUUUUGCAGUACAGAUUUCAACAAACGAAUUUUUCUUAAACAAAGAUGCAGAACCUGUCACUAGUAGAAAAUCUUACUAAUACCGACACAUCGCACCGGAUGUCUCUAAAAGACCUCGCAGUUGAAGUAGGUGGUACGUCUCUCGAUGAAAGUGACUGUAACUCGAAUGAAAGAACAAAUAAUGAAGAAAUUAUUAAUCUUGAAGUAAUGCAGCAAAGCCUCCCUGGAGUACAUAGCAAAGGGAGAAGUUGUGAGGGAUUUUCCGAGAGCAGCUGUAGUACCUUAGAACCCACAGGUUCCUGGGGUGAUUUUGAAGGCUUCAGGGAGUCCUUAGACAAAUCGGAGAGAUUCAGUCAUAAUCUUGAAGUUUUGGUGAAGUCAACGAAAACUUCUAGAGCCAAUACGGACUUAAGCAGCGGACGUUGUAGAGCUUCUGCUGGUCACUUUUGUUCUGAGCCACCUCUGCACAGUGGGAUACAGGAGGCUUGGAGCUCUCUAAAUGAGGCAAACCACAGCUAUGAGGAUAUAUUUAAGUUGGGCUUUCCAGAAGUCUUUGUAUCACAGUCCAGAGAGAGCAUAAGAAGCUUAGAUCAAGUACUUGAUACAAAUAAUGAAGAUGUUGGGAUUCCUGAACUUACGAAGAAUCAACUUUGCAUUGAUUCUGGAAACAUAUGGAGAACGCUUAGAGACUUUGAUAAUACCCCCAGCUUAAGACAUCCCUGGAGUAAAUCUCAUUGCCAAGAAAACCUCUUGAGUGUUCUUGGAAUAGAUGCAAAUCAAAAGGACUUUUUGGAGAGCCGGGAUGACAUCUUUGAGGAAUCAAAUGUUAAAGGUAAUGAGGACUUCAGAUUUGAUGGAUUCAGUAUUAAUGACUGCAAAGCACUGAUCCAGACCAGGCUUUCUGUAUCACCAGAUUCCAGACAUGGUCAUCUCUUUACCUGCAAUCUCUUUUUGAAAACCACAUCGUCAGAUGGAAACAUGCAAUAUGUAACAAUCCCAAGGAAGAAGCACAUUUUUGCUGCACACAACCUAAAAAUGAAAUUUUUCAGUAGUGAUGUUUGUUGAACCAAAUGCACUUUUAAAUCUUUUUUUUUUUUCUUUUUGAACUGAAUGCAGUUUACCUUCAUUUUGUUACUGGCUUGGUACUAUAGACUACAUAUGUUCUUUAGGAAAGUGACAUAUUACUGUAUAUGAAGUACCUAAAGCCACAUUAUUAGAAGAUAUUUAUCCUAUUUAGUUGUGAAGUCAAAGGUGUAAUUUUGUCCUGCUCAGUCUUGCUGCAGAGUCACGUUUCUUACAGUAAAUCCAGCUGCAAUCAGACUUUAAAGAUACUCUGGUGGACUAUAUGACUGACCUUUCAGGCCUUAGUGCCUCUUUGAUCAAAAACCUUGUUUCCCUGCCAAAAUCUAAACACACCUCAGGUGUGUUGUAAAGUGUGCCUUGUCACCAUCUCUCCUCGUAUUUGGUCCAGUUUGGAUCAGCUGAGAGCUGUUACUUUGCCACUGAUGAACCUAAUGGGAUGAGCCUUCGACAU